AUGGAACAAGCAUCUACAAGCAAUCUUGAGCGUUAUUAUGAAGAUUUCCAAGCAGUUUUAUCAGAUAUUCGUAAUCUUUUGGCAGAAUUUCGAAACUGCGAGUCUGAACGGAAAAAAGUAACAUUACAGGCAGUAGAACGUGCUAUAGAUGAAGCAGCAGAGAUUAUUGGACAAAUGGAGAUUGAGGUGCUCCAUGUGCCCUUAGUAUCGCGUCUGCAAGAGAAAACAAGAAUAAGCAGCUAUCAAAGUGAAAUAAAUCGUAUAAGAAAAGAAUUUGAAUCGCUCCAUAUGUACGAAUAUAAUGAGCACUUUUCAUCAAAUCAAGAUUUGGAAUCAUUUGAUCAAAGAAAGAGACUCCUUGCAGGAACAAGAAAGCUUGAGGAAAGCUCAGAACGAUUAAAGAAUGCACAGCGGAUUGCAAAUGAGACAAAAGAAAUUGGUGCAAGUAUCUUAAAAGAUCUUGGUUACCAAAGAGAACAGAUUAUUUUGGCAAGAGAUACGCUUAUUGAAACGGAUGGUUAUGUCGAUAGAUCAAUGCGAACAUUAAAAACAAUGGCACGAAGGUAA